CGGGCAGCCGCCCCGGAGCCGGCGGCGGGAGGACCGGAGGGUGGAGGGCUGCCGCUGCCAUGGCUCAGCCUGGGGACCCAGAGCCCCAGCUCCCACCUCUUCCGUCCCUGCCUGUCCCCGAUGCCAGCCAGACUUCUGCCUGUGUCGGGGCCCCUGUCUGACCAGCCUGCCCUCCCCGUCAGGCUGGGAUUUGGGGGCUGAGCUGUCUGGGGUCCCGGGGCCAAUGCAGUGCCGGCUCCUCCGCGUCCUGGCUGGAGCCUUCCUCACCCUCCUGUGCACCGGACUCCUGUCCCUACGGUACCACACGAGCCUGUCCCGCCAGGGGUUACAGGUGACCCCUGAUCCUCCUGAGCUGCGGCUGCAGGACGUCUUCAUCGCAGUCAAGACAACCCGGGCCUUCCACCGCUCGCGCCUGGAGCUGCUGCUGGACACAUGGGUUUCCAGGACCAGGGACCAGACGUUCGUCUUCACUGACAGCCCAGACCACAGCCUCUGGGAGAGACUGGGGUCUCACCUUGUGGUCACCAACUGCUCCACAGAGCACAGCCACCCAGCCUUGUCCUGCAAGAUGGCUGCUGAGUUUGACACCUUCUUGGCCAGCGGGCUUCGCUGGUUCUGCCACGUGGAUGACGACAACUACGUGAACCCUGGCGCGCUGCUGCAGCUGCUGAGCGCCUUCCCGCGGGCCCAGGACGUCUACGUGGGCAGGCCCAGCUUGAACCGGCCCAUCCACGCCUCCGAGCCGCAGCCCCGCAACCGCACGAGGCUGGUACAAUUCUGGUUUGCGACCGGGGGCGCCGGCUUCUGCAUCAACCGCAAACUAGCUUUGAAGAUGGCCCCAUGGGCCAGCGGCUCCCGCUUCGUGCGCACCUCGGCUCUCAUCCGCCUUCCCGACGACUGUACCGUGGGCUACAUCGUGGAGUGCAAGCUGGGCGGCCGCCUGCAGCCCAGCACCCUCUUCCACUCCCACCUCGAGACCCUGCAGCUGCUGCGGGUUGCCCAGCUCCCGGAGCAGGUUACCCUCAGCUACGGUGUCUUUGAGGGGAAACUCAACGUCAUUAAGCUGCAAGGCCCCUUCUCCCCCGAGGAGGAUCCCUCCAGGUUUCGCUCCCUCCAUUGUCUCCUCUACCCGGACACACCCUGGUGCCCACAGCUGGCGGCCUGAUGAACCUGCACUGCUGGCAGUCUGGGCCGAGGCUUCUGGCUGCCCCCUGCCUCCCAAGGCACCGCCCAGGGCCCCUGGUGGGCGAGCCCAUGAUGUGGAUGGCAGCUGCCACUGAAGGCUUCCCAGGGCCCUGGGAGGUGAGCUGGACAGCCCAGGGGACCCGUGGGCCAGGGGAUGGCUGAGAGGCUCCAGGCUGUGUGGGCCUCUGGUGGCUGCAUUGAACAAGGGCAGGGGUCAGGGGUUCUAGUGCCUCUAGAGAGUGACACGGGCCUGUGGGUGGGGUCUGGCCCCUGCCCUGGCUCUGGCCUCUCAGCCUGUCCCCUAGGGUUCAAGCACUGGACCACCCACCCCUGGUCCCUUGGCUGGCUGCCCAGUCACUGAGGGACGGUGGGUGGAAUAGCCGUGAGACUCAGGGUUGAGGCAGGCACACUGUUGCUGUCCAUGGUGCUCCAGGAGCUCCCCGCCCCACCCUCGCUGACAGGAUCAGAUUUGAUCGGGAUGUUCAGCAGCUCAGACUCAGACGGCGGGUCAUAAUGGAUCCCAGCCAAUUGCGAUGACCCUUUGCUGACUUUCCCAGCCUCCAUUGCUGUUAGGGUCUACCAAGUGACCCUGCUCUGGCCAGAGGGACUAAGGAAAGCCAGUAGAGAGGUUUCUGGGCAAGGUUCUGCAGCCCCGUAGUCCAUCCUUCUGCUGUGAAUGUGGGUGUGAUGGCUGGAUCUGGGGCAGUCACCUUGUCACCAUGAAGAAAGACCAAGACAAUUAUCCACAGCUAUUCCUUCCAGUAUCUGGUUCUGUAAUAAAAAUAAAUACGUA